AUGAUCUUGUCAGACAAGUCAACAGAAAUGUGUAAAGCAGCAAGUAUGGAAAUGAAAUCAUACCUAAAAACAAACCAUGGAUUAUUUGAGUAUGAAAUUGAAAAGUUUGAUGACGAUCAAAAUUACUCUUGUGGUAAAAUCACUGAUACCUUGUAUUAUGCCGAACGAAAGAAAUCUGCAUUUUAUCAUGAUUUUAAACAGAUAUUUGACAGUGUGAAAAAAAUAGUAAGUAUUUCCUCACAGAAUCAUAAUCACCUAGAUGUUAAUAGUAUGUAUUCAGAAGAGUACUUGUUACAUUUCCUUAUUGAAAAUGUGCCAUACAUACCUCUGUGGACAAAAGUUAUGACUACUCUUGUUCAUCUGGAAGAACGCCAGAGUAAUGCAUCAGUAGAAAGUUGGUUUAAUUUAGUGAAAAAUCAUAUUUUAGCAGGCAAAAGAAGAAUGAAAUGUGGUAGGUUCAUUGAAAAUAUAACCCAAUAUGAAGCUCACUGCUUUAGAAGGUUGAAUUACAAAUACCUAGACGUAUAUGUGCCAUAA